AUGGCUAACGUUCUGAUCAACGGUGCUACCCAACAUGUCAUUUGGAAUUUAAAUGUUUGGGAAAGUGUUCACCGAGAUUCACAGUUUACUAGUCGGUCUUACAGCUGUACUUUGACUUGGCAUUCGCGCAACGAGAUGGCUUUUACUGAAAGCAAAGUCUCUGAAGUGUUUCUUGCAUUUUUGUAUUUGUGUGUGUUAUUGGUAAUAUGGCGUUGUUAUGCAAAAGACGAGUUCAUAGAAUCUAGAGAAAGCUCAGAGCAGAGGCGAGAAACGGAUUUAUGGGCAGUACUGAGAGCGGAAGGUGGUUGUAAAGGAAUAGAGAAAAAGUGGAAAUCUCGGUGUGAGAAAGGUCGAGGAACAUCGACAAAGAAUUCUGACCAAAUUCCGAUCCAGAUUACCGAUCUCAGAGUACAUCCAAAGAAUAAGUGCGCUUGUAACUCGAUAGAUCGAUGGAAAAUAUUGCAGAGGUGUGGAUACACAGUUGGAAACAUGAUGCAGUGUAUAAGUGUAGAACAAGAGAUCUUGUAG